AUUUGAAAAAUUUAUUUAUGUUUGCACCUGUUUAAAACAGCACAUCUUCAUUUGCAUGGAUCUUAUAAAUUAUAUUGCUAAGAAAUUUGUAAAAGAAUGGCAUUUUCAAAAUUUGAAUGUAGUGUAAUUAAACUGUAACUGUCUUCCUUAUAAUGUAUUCGCAUGGAAUUGCAUUCUUUUAUACAUACACCUGGUUUGCAUGUAUGGUAAUUAGCAAUAUUUGUUAACUGAAUAAAUAAUAAGAUUUUGUCCCGUUCCAUUUUAAUGAAUUGCUCAACAUGUUUAAAUAGAUAUUUAUAGAUUCAAUUGAAUGUCAUCCUUAAUCUAGAAUUACAAGAUGUGCCUUUGCAAUAAGCCUUGGCUAAAAAUUAUAAAUCCGACAGUACUUAGGUGACAAUCUUGCUGUAAUAUUGCUCAGUAAUGUAUCAUAAAUGCCUUUGGUGCUCUAAGAUUGGUACAUUUUUGUUUCAGUUUUUCAGAUACUUGACUAUUUGUAUAAAUGAAUUAAAUGUAUUUAUAAUUGUAUCAAAGUUGUAUCUAACAUUGUUCUUCCAAAUAUUUCUUUCUUUAGUUAUGUGUCAUGUUUUGGACAAUCAAAUGAUAGUUUUUGUUUUAUGUUGUAUGGUGCUAGAUCUUAAGUUUCAUAAUUUAAAUUUUACCUAAAUCUUUUAUCCAAAUAAACAGUAUAAACCUGCUAUAAUAUCAUAAAUGUGACACUCAAAAAUUAGUACAACAUCUAAAAACAUUAGGAAUUAGCUGUAUAAUUUCCUGCUUUGGAAGAUUAAUAUGAAAAAUUAGAAAUAUGGGAUUUGUGUUUACAAUUCUUGUGUCUUUUUAAACAUAGAUGACAAACAACAAAAUAACCUGAUGCUAAUUUUAGAAUUGACAUUUUAUUUUCUAUUCUAAAAAAUGACAGUGUAUGUUCUUUAUUUAUUUUUUUCUAUUAGUGUACUGUUUUUAUAUCAUAAUACACAAAUGUUUUACUAUUUUCCUUUUGUACUUUUUUGACAAUACAUAAUGCUAUUAUUAAUUGAAUUUUUAAUUAUUAAUUGAACUCAUUAUUUAAUCGCCCAAGCUCAUUUGUAUGUUAGCAAAGAAGCUGUUAAUAUUAAUGAGAUUAUUCCUAAAAACUAUUGAUUUUGAAAGCUCAUACAUACCCUCCCCCCUUUAUCUCUCUUUCAAGAUGUGAUUAUUUUAUUUUUUUCACUGCCUUUGGUAAUCCUUAUUUAUUUUUAGGUUUAGAUUUAUACAAAUGUAAAUCUUUUUUUUUUUCUAACUAAUAAGAUUACAUACAUCCUUGGUUGCUGUUUUUAUUUAUUUGUGAUAUAUAUUACAGGGUAUUGCUAAAAGUUUUAAAUCAGAAUUAUCUGGUAAUUAAGUAAUUUCAGCUUUCUCUCAUCCAUAGGGAUAAAUGUUUUAGAUAUCUUCACAUGAUAAGUUAAAUCCAUUUUGUUAUUUCAUAACUAAAAUUACAUUUAGCAUUUUAUAAAAAGUUUGUAUAAAUUGGAUGUGUAAUUUUUAUUUAGCAUAAUUUGAAAAAUGCAGAAAGAGAAUUUUCAUCAUAUUUAAUAUUUUAAUUUCCUUGAUGAACUUUUUUUCAGUGAUUUUUCCUCAAAUAUCAGUAACUGCCUGAUUAUACAGUUGAAAUCCACUAAAUCUAGGCAAUAAUCAAUGCAGAUCAUCUUAAUAAGAUGGCAUUUAAAAGUCCUUUGGUUAUGGGGGGGGGCUCAGUGAUAGAUUCAACAUGAAUUGUAAUAAAUUCUGUUUACAAAACUGUAUCUGUAGUUACUUUAUGAAACACUCUGAAUUCAAUCAAUUUUUUUUUAAGUAUUUGAUUCCUUGUGAUAAGAAAUGGGUUGUUCACAACAAUAGAAAUUGUAGAAUUGCUACAAAUGACACCCAAGACUUAUAUUCAGGAACAGAAGAUUAUGUUAAUAGUUUUCUGGGAAUAAAAAAUAACUCUCUUGUUUCACAAACAAAUGACCUGUGAGAAACACAAUAGAGCAAUAUAAUUAAUGUUGUUGUUGUUUUUGAUGGCACUUGCCAUGGACAAGCCCGCUGAUUCCGAAUUCAGUGAUUUUAAGCUGGAAAAGAGCAUCUCUUGUUUUUAGUAGCGCCAACUAGGGCCAAGAAUAUGAUUUUGCUACUCACGCAUCACAUUUGCUUGUAGUCCCUUUAUACUGGGGGGCACAUUCACACAUCUCACAGAUAGAACAGAUGAAGAACAAUCAUGACCGAACUGGUACUCAAAUCCAUGACACCCAGAUCAUGGGGAAGACGCCGGCAAUAUAAUUAAUGAUAGAGAUACUUAUGAAAAUCCACUGUAUAAGACAUUAUUCAAUAAGUCACAUAAACUUUGUGGGAAUGUUUUACAAUCUACAUGAGAAUAGAAUGUAGAAAAGGAUAUUUUCAUUCUAAUGGGUUUGCAGAUUGUUUUUAAAAAAAUAGAAGUCAGUUAUUUUGUGGAAUGGAAUAACUCAUUCAGAAAUAUACUACCCAUUUUCAUAUAUAAUAAGGUUUUCAUUCAAUUAUACAAUAAAAAUAUAUUUAUGAUAUGUAUUCUUCAUUAUUUUAUCUUAGAGAGAAACUAUCAAUCCAUAAAUAAACAAUGUGCAAAAACACCUAUAUAAAUUUCCUGAAUCUAUAGAAUAAAAUAUACAUUGUAUUUAGAGAGCGCUAAUGCUGCUACAACUAAAACACAAAUGAGCUUAACCAAAUUAAAAUUAGAAAUAAAUAUUAAGUUAACAGCCAAAGAAUCAAAAAAAGAUUAAAUGAAUCUGGCCCAAAGACUUUCUCAAGGAUCACCCUCAGGCAAGGAUUCAAACCAGGGAUUUUUUUCUGUGAGGGGUCUGACUCCCAAUAAAUAAUAUCAUUAGGAUCCUAAUGAUAUUAUUAAUUGUUACCCAAAAGAUUUAGUUUUAACUCAAACAAACGAAAAUCAACUUAAAGCUAAUUAUUUAGAUUUAAAUAUAGAAAUUGAUAAUGGAAAAACUUUGAUAGGUAUUUAUGAUAAAAGGGAUGAAUUUAACUUUAAAAUAAUUAAAUUUAGUAACUACCAUUCUAAUUUAAACUCUAAAAUUUUCAAAAAUUUGAUAUUUUCACAAUUUAACAGGAUUAAAAAAAUUUGCAAUAAUAAAAGUUCUUAUAUUUUAGCAACAAACAAUCUCAUUAAAAACUUAACUACUGACGAAUUUCCCAAAGACUUUUGCAAUAUAGAAGUUUUGAUAAGAGAGGGUCUGUUUGAUUUCUGACUUCCUCCAGUUUGUUAGCUUUGAGUUUUAACUCAAUAGAUGGCGCCUCAAUUUUGUUGACGAUGCAUUAUGACGAAACGUGGUAGGCGUAUAUAGCUUUAAACGCGGAUAAAUUAAGUUUAACGAAGUGCAUUUACAAUAGCAAGUUUUUACCUCAAGUAGUUUUCUUCAGAAUUGUACUUUCAAUUUCCACAAUUCUCAGCUGAAACUUGUUCCUCCGACCUGUAUAUCGAGUUUUAUCAUCACUUUACUAUCUUUCGUAGCUGCUAUUAUGGUGACACUAGGAGGAGGCCAGUUUUGCAAGUCUUUCGAAGACACUGAAUUAGAAAGUUGCUCUCUUGCCCAGUAUGUGCGUUGGCACAACAAUUCCAAAAUGAACAACUUCUAUGAAUAUCUGACAAGAGCCCAAAUAUCUUACUGGCUGAUGACGCAUGCCUGGUUGGUUCACAGCACGGUUACCCUCAUUAGAUGGAUCACAAAUUCAGACUAUGUGAUAGCAGAAGAACGAGAGCUACAUGAAAAUCCAAUCUACGGUGAGACAGCUCUGCAGUCGAUAGCUGAAAACCAAGAAACGUUGACAGCCGUGUCCUUAUUUUCAAAGAACAAAGCAAAAGACUAACCUGCUUCUGCGUUUCAAAAUAUCGGAAAGUAUUUCUUGGAAAUUUUUGUAUUUCCGUUGCCAUAGAAGCAGUCAUUAAUAUAUGUAGUGCAUUAAAAUAGUUGGCAGAUGUUCUUUCAGAAAUUAAUG